UUGGACUGCUGUUUAUUCUUGUGUUCGAGGCUCGAAAGGGAACCACACAAACGGGAUUAGUUUUAGCACUUCACCGCUGUAGACAUGUCCGGGUUCGGGAACAAAUUCAGUUCUUACUCUAUGACAGAGCUAAACGAAUUGCUGGAAAACGAUGAAAAGCUUAAUACAAUUGUUCAAGAAAUGGAGGAGGUCCUGGAGGUGCAGCGGUCCAAGGAGAUGACCCUGAGUGGUAACCGCACCCUGGCUGAGGAGAACCUGGGGCUGCAGCCCCAGCUGGACUGCCAGAAGAACGAGCUCACCAAGCGCUACCGCAGCCUACAGGAGCUGUUCGAGGCCUACCAGGUCCGCAAGUCCACGCUCGAUCAGAGCUCAGGAAGCGGCUCCCUGGACACCCUGCUGGCCCUGCUGCAGGCGGAAGGAGCCAAAAUCGAGGAGGAGACGGAGAACAUGGCCGACUGCUUCCUGGAGGGGGACAUGACGCUGGACGCCUUCAUCGACGGGUACCAGAGCAAGAGGAAGCUGGCCCACCUGCGGCGGGUGAAGAUCGACAAGCUGCAGGAGAUGGUGAUGUCGGGACAGCGGCUCCCGCAUGCCUCCCCCGCCCAGUCCUCCCGCGUCCCAGAAGCCCCCGCUGCGUCCCCCGCCUUCCUCGCGGACACCAACAGCUCCCCCGUGCCCCAGCCCCGGAGAGCCCCCCCUCCCCCGCCCACCCCCCCCUCCGCCACGCCCCAGGCCCCUGCGCUCCCCUACCCCCUCGCCCCCUACCCCCCCAUCCCGCCCCGAGCCGGCCACAGCCCUGGCUACCCCAGCCCCUCCGUGCCCUACAUGCCCCAGUACCCCCCAGCCCUGCCCCAGAGACCCCCCCCUCGCAUGGCCCCCCAGCCUGGCUUCAUCAUGUAGUGGGGGGCCGCGGGGUCAGGUCGGGUCUGGGGGGCGUAGGGCGGCCUCUCUGUCUGCACCACACACAGCAAGCCGCACACAGAAAACACAGGGAACGCGUUGUCUUAAUCAGUCCAAAAUAUAUCUGUCCUCCGGCACCUACAGCCGAACUGUGAAUUCUACAGCUGUCGCCAGCUCCCGUCUCCUUUCAGUCAAAUCAGGAUCUUAAGGUCUUGCCUUUGUCCACGUUUCUUUCUAAAAGGAAAGCCCCGCUAUAGCCCGGCUGGAUUGAGCGCCGUUUUACGUGCUGUGACGGCAGGGCGUGUGUUGAUUCCCGUUUUCUCGGUCAUGCUCUGUCGAUAAAGGAGCAAUAAAUCGUUUGUUAUCUGCAACUUUCCGAUAUUUUGACAGAAUAGAGGGCCUCGCGCAAGGCUAGGAGACGUGCGUAACUAAUCCGAAAGUGACCAGGCUGAAACAUAUGCAAACAGACAACCGAGACCUUACUGUGCCGUUUUAUAGACCUACGGAAACAAAUAGCUUGUUUUUAAUGCCAUCUUAUUUCAGAGAAUUGAGCAUUUUUGAUUACCAGGUUUAUUUUACAAACCUGCAGCCAAAGAUGUUUUCAUUUUAUUGAAUUGUUUUCCUGUUGGAGUGCUCAAAAAUGUCUAGUCUUUUAUUUUAUUUUUAUUUUAUUUUUUAACAAAUAGGUAGGAGUAGGAAUACUUCCAACGAAAUGAAAACUGGACUACAUGCUUUUCGUUAUUAGUCGGAGUGAUUGACCAGGAAUUAUCAGGAAAAGUAACUCCUACUGCGUUGGUAUUGUUCAAAUUCCCAUUCCGCCAAACCUCUUCAGACCCGUCUGUACAGAUGGUGAGUUGCAUAUCUGCAGGCUGAGGGAGAUGGGUAUGUGGGCUUCCUCCACGCCUCCCUCCUUGGCUGGCUUUAGAGGGCAGGGCUGCUGGAGGUGAAGGAAAAGCCUGUUUUUGUGGUUUGGUGGGCAGGCCCCAGCAGCAGGGCACUGAGGCCUGCUGUGUCUCUCAGCAGCAGGUCGGGGCCGUUGGCCGUCGGAGCCAAGUGAGGCUGCAGUCGUGCCAAACGCUUCCCCCACAGGAAGUGGCAAUACACGGCACUGAGCAUGCUGCUUCUCCUCAGUGUGUGUGUGUGUGUGUGUGUGUGUGUGUGUGUGUGUGUGUGUGUGUGUGUGUGUGUGUGUGUGUGCGUGCGUGCGUGUGCAUGUGCGUGCGUGCGUGCGUGUGUGUGUGUGUGCGUGUAUGUGCAUGUGCGUGUGUGUGCGUGCGUGUGUGUGUGAGCCACUGCUCCUCCUCGGUACUGGUGUGUGUGUGUGUGUGUGUGUGUGUGUGUGUGUGUGUGUGUGUGUUUUAGCGCGUGCAUGUGUGUGCGCCUUGUGGGUGCGUUUGAGCACCUUGUGUGUGUGAGAGUGUUGUGUGAGCGUUGUGUGAGCGUGUUGUGCGUGUGAGCGUUUGUGUGUGCGUGUGAGCGAGUGUGUGUUGUGGGUGCGAGCGUUGUGUGACACCGUUGUGUGAGACCGUUGUGUGUGCGUGAGCGCUUGUGUGUGUGUGUGUGUGUGUGUGUGUGUGAGUGCAAGUGUGUCCACCACAGACACACUGAAGCCUUCAUGCUAUAGUCGGCCCCACCAGCCAGCUAUACGCACUAAUGACCCGGUCUGUGUCUGGUCACGUUGCGUGACCAUUUCUAGUCUAGUAAAAACUAAUAUGCAUAUAAAAUGUGAGCGUUUGUAUAUACGUGUACGAUUGAGGGAGUCGACCUCAAUUAAAUCCUGUUGAAGCUGCUCAGGAGAGAGCUGUCAUUUUAGUCUGCAGAGUAGCGUACAUCCUCUCCGUGUUCCUGUCACCGUUUUCCACUCCUUCCCAUCAUUUUGCACCUUCUCCUCCUCAGCUCUUGUCCCCUAUAACAGCGCUGAUGAUCAUGAUGAUCGUGAUUAUUAUUAAUAUUAUUAUUAUUAUUAUAUUGCAGCUACUAUGAACACCUGUGAGGUGACGCAUUGUCUGUCCUGUGCAGCUCAGUCUCCUGUGCCAAGGAGCAUGAGCGUAUUGCACUGGGUUUCCGGAACAGAACGCUUCGGGUCAGACUGGGUCAGACUGGACACCAACAUGAUUUUUUAUUUUUGGUUUCAUUUUGAUAUUCCUUCCCUUUUCGCCCCUCGUAUGAUUUCAGUUGGGGGUGGCGUCAUGGGUUUAAUUCUGCUUUUUCCAGGGUUUGCCAUUAAUUGUCCUGUGUGUCCUGCUUUAUUUGGUCAAACCAAGCCCCCCCUUCCCUCUGUGCUGCAGUGGGACAACUCCCAUUUAAUCGCCCUGAACCCAGCAGGUCAAAUACCCAUCUGCCAUUUUCUAAACAUGGGAAUUAAAUUCAAACUACAGUGCACUGCGUGUCUGUGGCGUAUUUGGGUGCUCGUAUGUCAGUCUGCCAUAUUAUCCAGCUCUUCAGAUUGAGUACUAUGGCCACACUGGGCGGAUGGCUUAGUUACACUCAGCAUAUACACUCCUUUUCUCAGUUAUCUAUUAAAUCAAUUACAUUUUUACAUUUCUUUUGUGUGCGCGUGUGUCUUGCACCCCUCAUCACAGUUCAGAUCACACUGGUAGGGCUUGGUGAGAAGGCAUGCUGGGAAACGGAGGCUUCAUGAACCGCAGGAAAAAAAAGAAACUACAGUGCGAUUGUUCGAGUUUGAUGAGGCCUUUAUACUGUGUGGUCACUCCACCCAUUUUGAACUUUGUGAAGUUCACCUCACCCCAUCCUUAGUGAGAGGACAGACAGAACUAUCCAGCACUGUGCAUGCAACAGAGCCAUCUGUCUGUAUUUGACUUCACAAAAAGUACUUUUCACUGAUUGCCAAACUACUUGAUAAAGAGUAGUGUCUCUCCCCCCCCCCAUACAUGUGCUGUUUUUAUCGAUUUCCGUCUUUACAUUCGUGAGAGAGAUUUGAGAGAUUAGUCUGCAGGCAUGUCUGCUGUAAGCAGUUAGGAUUCAGCUCGAUGUGCCGCAAGGGCGCAAUGCAAACCCCUCAGAUAUAGAUAGGUGUUUUCAUAAUGUAAAAUAGUAUCUUGUACACACUCCUAAUGUAAAAUAUGUUGAUUGUUAUUGUAAUACCGUGUUGUCUGACUAAUGGAAGAUUGUAGUGGCGGACUGCAGAAAGUUACCUCUGUCUAUUUUUAAGGCUAAUAAAAAUGUUUUUAUAUCUGUGCAA